UCUUCUGCUGUGUGUUCAGAAAGUUUGUAGUUUGACUUCGCUCCUUACUGCUACAAUAAUGAUGUUUGCAUGUGGAGGGCUGUCUGAACAGGCAGAGGCCACUGCUGAGGUUCAGCAGAUCUGUGAUAAGAUGAAGGUUCACGCAGAAAAAAAAGCAGGUCGAACUUUUAACAUCUUCACUGCUAAAUCCUACAAGACACAUGUGGUAGGUGGGACGAAGUAUUUCAUCAAGGUACAUGUGGGUGGUGAGGAAUUUGUUCACCUGUGUGUCUUAAAAAAGCUGCCUUGCUUUGGAGGAGACCUGGAACUUACAGGAACACAGUUUCCCAAAACCUUUAAGGACGCCAUCGUAUUCUUUUGAACAUGUAUUUUAAUGAAAAAUAAAGAGAAU